AUUUUUAUAACGAUAUAUUAUUAGUUAGUGUUAUAUAUAAUCUGGAUAUACAUGAUACCUGACACAAAGGUCUAUCUUAAAUAAAAAAGCGGCAAGAAUUGACCAUGGUUGGUCAGAUAUCACAAAUUGAUGAACAUUUGUUUCUGUGCAGCGCAGGCGCAGUGAAGACAGACAUUGUCCGCGCGCUCGGAGUUACAAACAUAGUGAAUUGUACCACAGAAAUAUCAAAUCUAAAUGUACCCAGUGUAGAGUGUGUUCAAAUACCUGUUGAGGACACACCUAGCGCACGUUUAGGAAUGUAUUUUGAUAGAUGUGCCGACAAAAUUCAACAAGUUCACAAAAGUGGCGGGAAAAUACUCGUGCAUUGUGUGGCGGGAAUAAGCCGUUCACCUUGUGUAUGCAUUGCAUAUCUUAUGAAAUAUCAAAGAAUGAGGUUAGAUCAGGCUUACUACCACAUAAAGAAUCGCAGACGAGUGAUCCAUCCAAAUGUUGGCUUUUGGCGCCAACUUAUUGAGUUUGAACGCCGCCUCUUUGGCCGGAACACAGUGAAAAUGAUUCCAACCGGAACUGGGCCGAUACCAGAUAUUUACAAGAAGGAACAGAAAAAAGACUAUGGAGUAAUAUAAAUGAAAAGUGUGAAAGUUAAUGCUGACAACAUUAAUAUUGUUAUAAAUAAAAAUGAAGAUAAAAAAUAAUCAUUUUCAAAACAGAAUGUU